AUUCUUGAAAUUUCAAAUGUAACGUUUGUUUUGAACGACACAUUCGAUUGCGUCAUCGAUGAUUGUUGGCGCUUCAAUUCAGAUUCUUUCGAAGUGAAAAGAUUUUUUUUUCGAAUUUUUUAUUGUGUUCGAUUCUCUUGGCUCAAAUCACAACAACGAUGUUUAUCUCAUUUUUUAUUUGGCAAUUUCAAUUGUUUCUAAAAUUUUUACCAUUCAUAAUCGCUUUAUCAUGGAUCAUAAUAUCAGCAUUAUUCGAUGUUGAAUUUGUUCUUUAUCAAUCAUUAUUAUUGUGUGUGUUUUUCUAUGUGGUUGAUUUGAUUGAACGAUUUUUAUCAAAUUUUUUUUCCGUGGACAAACAGAUUCUUUUUUCCAUUGUCAAUUCGACAACAUUGGCUGUUUUAUUUGCCAAUUUUAUUGGUUUAUCGAUUGGCAUUACAAAAUCAACUUCCGAUUCUUGGUCAAAACAAACAAUGACAUUGACUUAUGGUUUUGCCAUACAAAUGAUUGAACCAUUAUUAAUGUUUAUCGAAAUGAUACAAAUAAUUUCAUUUAUUCUGAAUUUUGGUGAAACAUUACGUUCAAAAAUAUUUGAUGAUAAUAAUUCAUCAUCAUCAUCAUCAUCAAUGUACAAGAUCAUUACAUUAGUGUUAACAUUAGUGAACUCAGUGCUAGCCAUGUGGAUCAUUUGGCAUGAUAUAUUUCAUCAAAAUGAUGAACAAUUAUUAUUCAUGAAAAUUUCAACAAUCAUCGUUAUUGGAAUGGUAAUGGCCGUUUACAUUUAUAACAUUUAUAAUGAAUACAUAAUUGUGGAUGCUUCAUUCAUAUGGCUAUACGUUUUAUUCAUUCAUCAUCUGGUAUCGUUAGAUUGGCAAAGAACUGGAUUCCAUCGAGUCGAUUCUUUUAAUCAUCAAAUCUGGCCAUCAUUGGAUGAUGAUAGUGAAUAUAGGCCAUCAACGGAAACAUUGGAUGGAUUGUUAUUUACAUUAACAUCAACGAUGGAAUCAAUUUUUGCUGGAUGUAAAAAAGGAUUCUUUUCCAUUGCAAUACAGAUGAAACCAUUGUUUUGGAUUGCAUUCAUUUUACGGAUUAAAUGUCUAACUUCAUUUUUUGAAGGACAAUUAUGUCGAACAAUGUUCAUGUCUACUAAUGAUGAUGUUGAUGAUGAAGUGGAAAAUGAUUCGGAUCGAUCCAACAUUAACUUGAUUUAUUUCGCUGGACGAAUACUGAAACCAAGUCGAUCAACAUUAUUACGAUGUUCAUUUGUCAUUGCAUUCACAAUGAUUUUAAUGCAACAUUUUACUAAUAAUCCAUGGUAUAUAAUGGCACAUUAUCAAUGGAUUAUACGUUUAUUACAAACAUAUUCAACACCAAUAUUCUAUAUGUUUGCUGCCAGAGCAUUUCAUCAAUCAGAAAAUUUUUGAUUACAUGAUUUUUAUAAACAUGAUUGUAAUAAUAAUAAUAAAUAAUA